ACACCCACCGCAGGCCACCGUGCAUCAAUGAGCUCGGUCCAUACGUGCUUCCGCAGCGCGCUUGCACACACAUUCCGUCCGUCGACCGCAGAGGCCGCCGCAUCCUGGACCGUCCCUGCCUUUCUCGUGCCCGCUUGCACUCGCCCCCGUGGUCGCCCCUUCUCCGCAAAACGCCGCAGGGCCAGCGCAGACGCCAACCCCAUCCAUCCCGAACGUACCCUCGAGAUAGCCUACAAAGGCACCGCCUGGGACCUCCCGCAGAACCCCACCAGACCGCCGCUCGGCUCGUGUAUACCGCUCCCUGCACAGCAUGUGCGCGCCGACAUCCAGCACUGGCUCCGUGCCAUAGACCCAUUUCUCCCACCACCCCUCCGCCGUCAUCAAUCGAACGAAUCUAACGGUCCAGCGACAUCUGCUCCCUCUUCAGCGGGUGAUACAUUGGUGACUGCAUCAGACAUUGCGUACUUCUUGGUCGCCGCUCAGUAUUAUGCUCAUGAUAUCCUGAGCCAUGUGGGCCUGAGUGAGAAGCGUUGGGACGCUGUUAUCUGGAUUGCUAAGAAGCUUGUUAGUGCUGGAAAGGCGUCGACACAGGCUCCUGUAAAACUUGAGUCAUUUGGCCUUGCAAUUCCUCUCGAACAGCAGCACAUGUCGCUCUCAGAGCUCACAAACGAUGCUCUCAGGAUCCAACCGCCUCGCACUGCUUUCUCGAUUCCUACCAAGCCGGCCCAUAAUCUGAAUGGGCUCACUUCCAUUCCAGAGACCAUCGAGCCGAGACACCGAUUGAUCAAGCGAGCCUUAGGACAACUCUGGCGUACGCUGGGCACUAUGAUCCUGGCCGCCGCCGAGGAGCAGCCCGAUCACACAUCGAUCAUGCAUCAUGUGCUCGAAAUUCUGGCCUACCUCCACCACAAGGGCCUCAUUCCAGGCUCCGUCUACGCACACAAACCGGAGCCGGACAACUAUGCUCUCCAGCAGCCUCCAACGUUACAUGUUCUGUCGUCCAAAAUCCUGACGGCCCUCUCGGAUGCGCAGUGGAGAGCCCACGAAGCCUCUGUGAAAACUGCGACCGAGCGCCUCAAUGCAUCAUACUUCUUAGGCCAUGAAAUACCAGGCUCACGAUACAAAGUACAAGUCACAGGAGUAGCUCCAGAGCUGUGGCUCGAGCUGGUGCUUUGGUCCUGCCUUCAUGGCGGUUGGACUAUGGAUGGGUCUGCAAUCCUCGAGGAAAUUGCUUCUCACCGAGGAGAUCGACCUUGGGUCCUCACGAGCUGGAAAGAGCUGCUCGAGGCCGAGCGAGAGGAGCAGAAAACCGCCACUCAGAAAGGAUGGGGCCUGUUUGGAAACCGUCCAGAAAGCCUCCCCCAGGGCGAUCAACGAGCGCGGACUCAGCGAAAAAUCAGUAGUGAGGUCGUCACCGCUAUCGUUGACGGACUCGUGAACGAAGUACGUUUGGGCGUUGGUGCGCGAGGGAUCUCACCUGAGCAUCUUGUCGAUCGCAUCAAAGUCCUCAAGAAAUUUCUCGACCACAAUCUGCUCAGUUUAGGGUCCACAACCUGGGACUCGGUCAUCUUGCGUCUUCUCGAAUCGGGCAGUGUUGUUCCGGAGAAGCGUCCUGAGAUCUUAUUGAGCAUUCUAGAUUUGGCAUCCGAGUUUGGCUCGGAAGUCAGUGCUGUGAAUGCAUCUUCAAAACCAACAGCAACGGAGUCCGAACCACCUUACUUCUUUGAGCCGACCACAUUACCUAUCAGCCUCUUGCACCGGACGAUGCGAUCAUACAUCAACAUUGGCGAUAUCGCGGGCGCCAUGAGUACGUUGGAGAAGCUUCAAGAGCUUACAGAUCAGAACAAGCAGAAGUCACUGGCGCACUUUUUCACAGUCUUGAUGACUAUACCGCUUCGCCGGAAUGAGCAUUUCACGAGCCGAGUGCCUCCCAUCGAGUUUCCGGCUUUCGAGAACCAGAUAUCUGUGCCGCUACUGGCCAAGCUUCUUGAUCUCAUCACCUCUGCCAAUAUGUACGACCUGGGCCGCUGGCUCUUGUUUUCAAAAGACUUGGAUGGACCACUGAUCCGGCCCGGCAUGUAUGGGAACUUUGUCAUGGCCGCAUCAAUCAUCCGUUUUGGUACAAUGGCUGGUGACCAUGAUCUUGUACUCAAGAUUGUGAACCAGACGAGCACUGCCGAUAGCACUCCAGGACAACCUUUUAAACAUCGCAUGCCACACGAGUUCUUCACCGCACUGUUGCGUAGCCAGAUCAAGCUACAUCGAUGGGUAUCCGUGCGUGGAAUGCAAAAUUACGCGCUGGAGUCCCAAGGAUUCAAGGUGAAGCCCGAAAUUCUCGCGCAAUUUGCUGCAGAAUUGCUCCGCGUUUCGGCACAAAGGGAGGGAGCGGAAGCCACCAAGGCAGAUGCCAAAAGCGCGUUCACGAACAUGCUCUUCACAUGGGAGAACUUAUUCUUGAACGACAUGCGGAACGAGCUGUACUGUAUUCUUGCUGUACUGUCAUCUGUGCAUGCGGAAUGGAAGGACUACUGUUCAGGUUUCCUUGCUCACGCGGCACAACAGGAUAUCAAGCUGUCCACUGACGAAUUCAACAUCAUACUAAGUGGGGUGCUUGAUGGGUACGGGACUCUGAAAGCCAAGGAAGUCGUGGAGAAGUGGUGCUACCAAGCUCCUCGAAUGUUCGAGCCGUUCAGGGCCCCUGGUGGGUUGCCUACUAUGUCCAAGUAUCGCCCCACCAAGGCAGAGGAGUACGCGAGUUGGCCGGAAAACAUUGAGGCCCACAAGACCUCGGGGGCGACGCUCAUCUUACAAGGGCGUGUGCACGCCAAUCGACAAACGGUCUGGGCCAUUCUGCGAAAGGUGCGGCAGGAGCACGAAGAGCUCCAGCGUAGAGGUGAAGAAGCGCUCCUCGCGAAGCGCGGUGAGAUGCGCGAGACGCUCAAGUGGGCCGCGAGACUGCUGUACUACAUGGGGUUCGACUAUGAGGAUAUCAUGCGAGAUCUGGGCAGUCUUGCGGACCUAGCUGGUCUUGCGGCUCCGGUGGCGUCUGCGGCGACGCUACAGCUUUGGGAGGAAGGGCCGGUGGUGUAAAGACAUGGGCCAGGCCGGCGAAGUGCGUUGCCUCGGACCU